AUGACCUCCACCUUUGCCGCGCAGCUGCGCACUAUCGCCGCAAACUCUAGAAACGAACUCGACCUCCGCGCCCGACGGGACGCACACGCUGAAUCGCUCCUUUUCGAACGAAGUGUCGCCGCCAGUCAGGACUGGGAGACUAUAUACCAAGUAUGUGUGAAAGGCUUCCAAGAGCUGUGCUUGUUGGACGCAAGACUGCACGAAUUUGAACAAAACCUAUAUAGUCCCGAGGCCAAGACGCAGGACAGAGAGCAACUCAGCAAGACACAAAAUGAAGCGCUAGGGCUCGUGUUAGAGCGAUGCCUCACUCUUCUUGGAUCAAAGCUGAUGCUUCGACCUGGCGUGCAAGCAGUGGAAUGGCUCGUGCGGAGAUUUCGCGUUCACAGUUACAACACAGAUGUUCUUCUUGCCACGGUCUUGCCGUACCAUGAAACACCAGUGUUUCGAAACAUCUUGAGCAUUAUCCCAACAGACAGGCUCGUCAAUGGCUGGAAGUUCUUGGGUCCCUAUCACAAGGAGGCAGCAAAUGUUCCUCGGCACGCUGUACUGCACAGUGCCACUCACAACGAUGUCUUUUUCUCUUUCUUCAAUGACUACACCUUGCAUGCGUGCCAAGAAGGUGCGGCUCACCCACAACUCCACCGUUUCUGGGGCAGUGUUGUUGUCGAGGCCGUCAGUGGAAGAUUGAGCCAGGUCAAAAAUGGGAGAAAAGAAGUACAAAAAAUGCGGACAGAAGAUGCGUUGUUGAAGAUUUUACCACUGCUCAAUGAAGGAUUGGAAGUCAAAGGCUGUCCCGAGUUGGCAGUUACUUGUUUCACGAUUAGCCUCGUGUGUGCAAGCACUCUAGAUCUGGAGGAUCAUGUCCUUGACUCCUUGAUGAAGGCGAUUGCCCCGUUCAUCAUCAACGAAGCAGCGGAUUCCAGGGAAGCUUUGGCAUGUUUGGCUAUCCUCGUAACAAAGAAGACCGAAAAACGAGUUUCCAAAGAUGUUCUUGACAUGUUCAUUAACAUCAAAGAUUUGGGGGCGCGGUUGUCUCGGUCAUUUGAACACGUUCACUUGGCCCCGUUGUUCGAAGCCUUGCUCAGCUCAGCACUCCUGGGAUUGAACGAAAAGAAUAUGGACAGAAGAGUGCAGUUUGUCGAACGUAUGUUUGGCACCGCUAAGGAGCUCUUCGCAUUGGCGACCAAAAGUCAGUUACUUGCCAUUUUGCUUCGGAAGUUUUUUGACUCCGGCUUGUCACCCAAGUCGAAAUGCUGCACACGGCUGGUCCGUCUACUACAGGCUCUGGCUGGCUCUUCCGACUUCUCGCCAUCUUUCCCCGAUGCAGUAUGCUUAGCUGGCCGCUCUCAAUCAGAGGUAGAAGACCUUCUACAAGGAACGAUCAAAGACCCGCAGCUACCUCUCCUUGAACAUUUCCCCGCGGAACCUGAAGGUCUCGAGGAAGGAUCAACACAUAAUUCGGCUGGGGUGGAGGUGGUACUUGCAUCCCUGCCUUCUGAUACCACCGACUCGUCAUUCCUCGUCACUGGGAAGCGUUUCCCGCUGUUCGAUCAGCUUGCUCAAGCUUUUGCACUUUGCUGUAAGGAGAGGCGGCUCCUGGAACAAUUUGAAAGGAUUCCACUGUGGCGGAAACAAACGGGAAGGCCUUCGGAUUUGCAUACGAGCUUCCUGUUAAGAAUGGCUCUGGGCGCCUUCUCACUCACCCCUCGGAGUGCUGCUCUUCAACUUCUCUCCGAAGUCAUCGAGAAGGGGGUGGUUUAUCAUUCAGAGGCGCUGAUUCCUUACCUUACCGUCCUCCUUUCUGAUGAUAUCCAACUUGUACGACGUGCAUCCGUCGCUUGCAUAGUGGCAAUUUAUAAGGCUGCCUCGAAAGAAAGCGGAGGUGACCAGCACGCAGCAGAAACAGUGUACGAUGCACUUGGCAUGCUACACAUCAAACCACUAUCAUCUUCGCAGGUAGCAAAGAUCCUGCAACAAGCAUACUUACCUUAUUUGGAAGAAUGCGUUUUGGAUCGCUCCUACAUUCGCAGGGUUCUUCAGACAGCUUUUGACGGUCCUGAUCGCACGUCUUCAUCAAAGACUGCCGAUAUUGAACUAAAGAAGAGCACAAAGCAUGCGCUCUUUGAUCUGUUGACUGGCUGUGCGUUAGGCUGCCCUUUGCUCAGAGUCAAGGUAGGAAUACUUCAACUGCUUAUCGGCAUUCACAGAGUUGGCAGCUCAAGCAGCAGCGAGAUUCUUUCACCCAUCCUCGAGGCCUGGGCAUUAUCCAAAGAAGGUGACGCUGAAGAUGCCGCGUCAUCAGAAGGUCUUUCCCCGGGUCAAGUUGAUGCCGCAAUGGUUCAAGUCGUCAAUGCGCGGGACAAGGAAGCGGUUCAGCAUAUUCUUGCAAUGCUUGUUGAUGACAAAGUCCAGCCUCGCGAUGCCCUGGUUACUGCUUUCUUCGACAGAAUUGCAGGUAUUUGGAAGGACAUGCAUCAUGAGUCACAGAUCUCUGCUGUUGUACGCCUAUUUGAUAUGUCCUUCUCCAAAACCCCCGCUCAAGCUGCCGGAGCUCGUCAAGUUCUGCACACAGUCACUCUCUCUACUGAGGCUCUCGCUGCACUGCUAGAUCACUCAUUUUCCGGUCUUGCUCAGAUGCAAAUGGAUAUCCAACCCAGAAAGAGACGUCGCAUAAGCCAUGGGCGUGAAAGUAUCCCGAAGGAUCUAUCAAUCGAAUUGGAUGGAGGCGAGGCGAGGCUGACGUUUGCGCUUGAGCUUAUCGAAGAUUCCAAACCAGAAAGCCAUCCGCAAUUGCUUGGGGGCUUGUUCGAGGUAUUGAUCAUUCUAAGACGGGUUAAGGACAUGGGAACAUCUGAAUCUCCUUACCUUCUCAACCUCUGCCUGAGCAGCAUAUUGGCAAUCGUCGACAAUGCACAAAAAUCACUAAGGCCAGCUAUUGACGUCUCUAGCAUUCGUACCGACUUAGUCACCGAUUGUGUUCGAUCGUCAGAAAAUCCACAGGUCCAAACUACAGCUUUGCUUCUCUGUUCCUCUCUGGCUUCUCUUGCUCCAGAUCGAAUAUUACAUAGCGUAAUGCCGAUCUUUACGUUCAUGGGUAAGGGUAUGCUUUCGAAGGACGAUGAACACUCAAUUUACGUUACGAAUCGAGCUAUCGACGAAAUAAUCCCUCCUUUGGUUGCCACCUUGAAAAAGCAAGAUGCCAAAAAGCUUGUCCACUCCACUUCAAGCUUGCUCUCGAGCUUCGCUACAGCAUACGACCAUGUUCCUCAAUAUCGAAGGGCUGCUUUUUACCAACGGUUACUUAGCAGGCUUGGUGCUGAUGACUUUGCUUUUGCAAUCAUUGCUCUUCUUGCGUCAAGACGGCAUUCAGACGAUCUAUCUUCAUUCUUUGCAGGUUUGAUGGCCGACCUUUCGGCAUCGACUCAGCUUCUGACCUUCAGAAAACUUAUCGAUUUGACUACAGAUGUCUUCUCCGAGAAUCCUCAUAAUGCUCUGCCAUUAUUGGACAUCAGCACGACUACCCCGAAUGAGAAGAGAGAGCAAGAAGCAAUAGCCUUGCUUGGGGUAGCUUCGAAACUCCUCGAGCCAAAAAGUCUGAAGACGCAGGUAAAAGGACUUCCAAAGUCUGAUGAAGCCGAAAGCGAGACCUUCUGGGCCGAGUUCAAAAUCUGCAUCAACCGCAUCCUGGGCAUGCUCAAAUCCCAAAAGUCCGGCGACAGUAAUCUGAUUCCAUCCACAAGGAAAUGUCUAACCUCGCUCCUCGAGUUACCUCCCCUUGCCGACCUUCUUAGGAUCAUGCCCGAUCUACUCCACGACAUGGUCCAACUCGGAGAAGGUCAUCAUGAGCUUCAAACUCUGGCGUUGAGAGCGCUCGCAACACAACUCCAACACAACGCUCCGAGCUCGAGGGAUACUAGAACGCAAACCGAAGCUGUCGUGUUCCUCCCCACCCUCCAGCAAAUCAUCCGCACCACUACUUAUGAGGCGUUCAGGCACGCUGCGAUUGCAUGUCUCGAUCGCAUAAUCGAGAUGUAUGGGCGCAAGAAACCGGACGAUGUCAUUGCCGCAUCAUCUACCUUGACCGAGAUUGAUUGCGGGCUGGAUUCCCGCGAUGAGAGAACAAAGAUUAUGUCUCUGCUCUGUCUUGCGAGCAUGACGGAGGUCGUUAAGGAAGGAGGGAUUCCGAUCGUGGCGCAGGCCCUUCCUCAAGUGCUGGAUCUCUUGAAAUCGUUCUUGUCAAAAGAGAGCGAAAGCAGCAAGACCGAAGGAGGCGUGGAGCUUCACAACGCCUGCUUCACGUUGCUUUCUUCGUUCCUCACUCACACUCCCUACGUGAUCAGUGACGAAAAUGUUACUGUGCUCCUCAGUUUAUGCUACCGCUCGUGCCUCGCAAAACCAGACAAGGCGUCGUGCAAGGAGGCUCGGCUCGAGGUGCUGGACCUCAUGACUCAGAGAUUGCACUUGAAAGCACUGGUGAGCAAUUUAAAUCAGGCCUGGAAAUCGACAGUCAUCUCCGGCGGGGAGGUUGAUGGAGACGCGACUGCCGAGUAUUUGGAUAUGCUUUCUAAAGCGAUUGAGCGGAACCGGAAAUCCGCGGUCGUGGGGGCUGCAGACGAGAUAUCGACUUUCAUCUUGCAAGUUUUGGACUUGCGACGGCUCAGUCAAGAGAAAGACACUGCAGAUGAAGAGACCCAUACCGAAGGCGCCACCUUUUUGGACAUUGAGGACGUUGAAAAGAGGUUGCAUGAGUUGAGCAUUGUGUUCAUUUUCAAACUUAACGAGGCGACCUUCCGACCAAUCUUUGAGGGGUGGGUCGACUGGGUGACUAAACGCAGCCCCGAUGGUUCCUCUUUGAUCGAGGGGGACUCGCAGGUGGAUAUAGCACGGACGGCGAGGCAAACAAGCUUCUACCUCCUCGCCACGCAUUUCUUCAUGAGGCUGAAGAGUAUCGUUACGAGCUUCGCGAGUUAUCUACUCCCUUCAAUGAACGACAUCUUCCGGUCCACUAUCGACGGUGCCUUUCCAGCCGCCGCUGAAAUGAAGUUGAACCCUACAGAUCGAAAUACGGACGCGAAGCCCGGCACGCAUAUUGACCUCUCGGAGGAAACGGGCCUGAAACUGUACAAGUCGAGCCUGGAUCUGUUGAUGACAAUCGCGGCCCACGACGCCGAUGGAUUCUUCACUUCACCCUCACAUUUCCAGCCUCUGGCCGGGCUGCUCGUCGAACAGUUGAGUCUGGCCUCGUCCUCAAAAUCUAAAGUCAAAGGCCAAGGCCAAGGCCAAGCCUCCUUGCGAAAGGGGGUAAUGGACGGGGUGAUCCCCUGCAUCGUGGCGCUGGCAAAUGCCGUCCAAGACGUCCCUGCACACCACCACGCCCUCAACCACCUCCUCUGCCAACUCCGCCACAGCAACUCCGCCGCAGUCCGCCUUGCGAGCAUCCGCACGCACCUCGCGCUCACCGAGUCCGAAGAUGUGGGGGACGAGUGGCUCCAGAACGUCGUCCUAGGCCAGUCAUCAUCGAGCGCUGUCGCGGUGACCGAAGGCGGCGUCGCAGUUGGCGGGUCCGGCGAGACUAUGAUCUACGUGAAUGAGAUGCUCGAAGACGACGACGAGAACGUCGAGGGCUGUGUGAGGGAGUGGGUGAGGAUUGUCCGCGAACGGGUCGGCGAGGACGUUUUUGAAGUCUAG